AUGGUCGUUGAGACGUUUGCGACGCUCACGCAGGUCGUUUGUCAAAGUGUCAUCUUCCUGGACCUGUGGGUCAAACGUCGCAACUUCCACCGUGCUGCGGUUUUCCUGUUUCCUGAUGAAGAGCCCGAGAUUUUGGGGCAACUUGGAGGUCUGAUUGGGCAAGGAUGUUUUGCAACUGUGCACCACUUGUGCCGUCACAGGAUACGAAUGGCUGUCAAGUUUCCGCGGAAGGACGGUCCCAUGGGACCGCACAAUCCCCGCAUCCUCAUGGAAGAGUGCCGUCGUGCUUCGCGUUUACAUCAUGACAACAUUGUCCAAACUUUUGGAAGUUGUGGUUCGGCAACAUUGUGGCAAUUGGCAAAAGGUUUACCUUGGAAUCGUGGCCUAGCAGCGUUGCUGCCACUUCAGAGGUGCAAGGUUGCCGCCCAAGUUUCAGCAGCGUUGAGCUACCUCAUCCGGCAACUCCACACCAUGUGGGAUGCCCACGAGGAAGACAUCCUGAUUGACCUGCGCGCAAGUCGCGUGACGUUUUUAGAUGUUUUCAUGAAGCCAAGCGAACUCAGUGGCUGCUUACAUACAUUACCUCCUGAACUGAGACCUGGUGGCCCGCUCCGGUUGCAAACAGUUGAGCAGCUCGGCAACUCGAUCGCAGCCAGGGUCAAUGGUCUUGUGGCAGCACUGUUGUUCUCCAACCUUUUGUUGCCACAUCAGUCGUUGCAGGAAGCGGGGUGCGAGCAAUCAGAGCAAUCUUACUGGAUUUCCACAUUGAUGCGUUGGGUUCCCACACUGGGGCGUCAGGCUCCACUCGCUGGAACGUUGAUGGCUGCUACGCAAGAGGUAAUGGGGAGAUUGGCGGUCCCUCGAAAGGCCGCACGUCCACCUCCAGUGCACGCGCUGCCACCUAAGCCACCUCUGCCACCUCCGCCGGCAGCCCCGCCACCGCCGCCGCCGAACGUGUGA